AUGGAAAUGUCUCUAUCCUUGAGCACCAUCCAAUAUUUGGUCUUUGAUGAGGCCGAUCGACUUUUCGAGAUGGGAUUUUCCAAUCAUCUCACGACCAUCCUAGAGAAGCUGCCCACUAGCCGUCAAACAUUGUUGUUUUCAGCGACUCUGCCAAAGAGUCUCGUAGAAUUUGCCAAGGCUGGUCUCCAAGAACCGAAGCUCGUACGACUCGAUAGCGAAAUGAAAAUAAGCAGCGACCUGCGAAUGGCAUUUUGGAGUGUCAAAGAGGGCGAGAAAGACGCUGCUCUACUCUGCUUAUUGAAAGAUGUCAUAAGUGUCCCUUUAGCAGAUACCGGACGUUCCAAAGGUCCUUCUGAAGGAGAAUCAUUUACGGGGACCAAAACCAAAAAAGCAAAAGGCAAUUCCGGAGCUGGAGCUACCAUCCUAAAACCACAUCAAACUCUCGUUUUUGUCAGCACUCAACAUCACGUCGCAUAUGUCUCCUCUCUUUUGCGACUCGCGGGUUACAGUGUUUCAAGCAUCCAUGGGACACUCACACAGGAUGCCCGCACCUCCUCACUCUCCCAGUUCGUCAAUAACCACACCUCGAUCCUGGUCACUACCGAUGUAGCUGCUCGUGGUAUUGAUAUACCUGUUUUGGAAAAUGUCGUAAAUUACGACUUUCCUGUUGGUAAUCGUGUAUUCGUGCAUCGAGUUGGUCGCACAGCCAGAAUGGGACGAAAAGGUUGGGCUUGGAGCUUUGUAGGAAGAGAUGAACUCCCCUACCUUCUGGAUCUACACCUUUUCUUGGGAAGGCCACUUAUCAACGAGUUAUCACCCUCUACCUCUGAUCCCGGAGGUGCCCCUGGUGAAGACGCGUUUGUGGACAGUCUGAUUUUAGGACCAUUUCCUCGAGACGCAAUUGACCAAGAACUGGAAUAUAUCAAGAAUAUCCACGAGACAAACUAUGAUCUAGUGAACCUCAAAGGCGUCAUGGAACGUGGCACAAAGAUGUACAAUCGCACAAAGGGGAAGGCCUCGCCCAUCAGUUACUCCAGGAGCAAGGAUAUGCUGUCCGAUGCUCAAUGGGGUUUUACUUAUGAAGGAAAAGUUCAUCCUGUAUGGACCCUUCGAGUGGCUUCUGAUAGAGUAUUGGGACAGUCUCGUAGCAACAUUCAACCUCAGCCAUCCUCAUCAUCUACGCAGGUGACAAGGGAGUCAUUACUUCAAUCAUUAUCCCGCUUUCGACCAUCCGAAACCGUUUUCGAGAUCGGGAGCAGGGGAAAGACCGCAG